GGAAAACUUGGGAACACCAACAUGCGCGUGGCACUCACGAUAGUACGAGAAAGCUGAACGACAGCUCGCCUAAUCAGCGCUUGGUCACGCUUUCUGGCAUGGGGAGUAGGUUGAUGAGGAGUCCAGAACCAUGGGCUCGCCCACGUGGAGGCUUGCCCACGAGGCAGAUUCACGGCGGCCGCUUGUUGACAUUUGCUGGAUCGUGAGCUGAAGCAUCCCGAAUACAUAAGUCUGCGAUCUUCCUCCCCAUCUCCCGAUUCAGAUCUUCUUAUCCAUCCUCAUCAUCUCAGAAGCUCCCGAACAUCCUCAGCUUCCUCAACCGGGUCAUCAAUACUCUCUUCAGUCUCGCCACGUGCUCUAGACACCUGCCAAUACUUCAAGAUGCGUUCCGCUAUCCUCGUCGCCGCCAUCUCUGGCCUUGCUGCCGCCGGCCCUGUCGCUCCCCGUGACACUACUGCCCAGAACGGCAUUGAUCUGAGUGCUUUCGAUGCUGAGCCUGUUCCUACCAAGGUUGGCCCCGCCGUCGGUGCCACCGUCGAGACUCCCACCUACGACCCGGCGGCCGCCAAGGCGGAGGCCUCAAAGGAUGCCGCGGCGAACCCCAUUGCCGUUUCAAACUCCACCUUGACUGCCCGAACGGUUACCCCCGCCGGCUGCGGAGCCAAGCAGCCCGACGGCUACGGACCCGUGUCCAACCCGGACGACUAUGACACCUUCAUGAGCGACCCUCAGUUCACGAACAUUGCCACCAGUGCUCAGGUGCCUGCCGGCUACAGCCUGUCAUUCUCCAACAAGCAGGGCGCCACUGAGUGCGGCACUUACUUGGGUCUCUACACCAUGAAGACCUUUGACACCAUCAAGUGCCAGCAGUACUGCGAUGCCGCUCCUUCAUGCUACGGCAUCAACGUCUACAUGGAGAGAGACCCCAAGUGGGACCCUACCGAUGCGUGCCCCAACCCUGCCAGCAUCACCAACUACAAGUGCACCCUCUGGGGUUCCGCCGUCACCGCGGAGACCGCCACCAAUGUUGGACAGUGGAGAAACCAGUUCCACGUCGGUGUGACUGGAUCAAACGGAUACUCCAAGCUUGCGCCUCCCCCUUCUUAUGCCGACUUCGACGGGCCCUUUGCCUUCGGCGGCGCCACCCAGGCCCCCAAGUCAUACAUGGGAUCCAAGUACUACCCCGGUGUCUACAACCCUGAGCAGUGCGCCGUCGCCUGCAAGGCCAACACCAAGUACGACCACGACCACCCCAGAGCUGACGGCACCUACGAUGCCUGCAACUUCUUCAACGCCUACGUCCUCAGCAAGAACAACGUUCCCCAGGGAACUUACUGCUCCUUGUACACCCAGUCUUGGGACAAGUCCUACAGCACCAACGUCGGACAGUGGAGAGGCAGCGACUACUACUCCGUCUCCUCCAGCUACGGAUACACUCUUACUGUCCAGGACGCUGGGAAGAUCUAAAGGGUCGGGCUUUCUUGCGAGCGUCCUACGCUUCUCGAGGCUCUAGUCACUUUUGACACUUUCAAUGCUUAUGAGACCAUUGAAAAGUUGGACAGGUCUUGUGUGGCGAUGCAUAGAUUGAUCACAGACCGAUACGAUUUCAAGAAUAAUGAGGCGGAAUGAAGAGUGCAUUACACACCUAGUCUAUAAUUA